AUGAGGAAAACCUCCGAGGAUUGUCUCACUUUGUCUCCAGACUGGAAAGUAGAAGAUGAGGACAUCACACAGUAUAGUCCAGGAGAAAACCCGGCUCCCUCCAAUGUCCAUCCGGCACCACCUAGUGUAGAUGGACCAUCGGAUUCCUUGUAUCCUGAGGAACCUCAGACUGUGCGGGACCGGGCCGGCCUUCCAACAGGGAAGAGGUUCUCCUGUACUGAGUGCGGGAAGGGUUUCCAAUCUACAUACCAACUUAAUGUUCAUAAAAGAUCUCACACGGGGGAGAAGCCAUAUUCCUGUCCUGAGUGUGGGAAAUGUUUCAGUUCUAAAUCCCAUCUUAAUGUGCAUAAAAGAUCUCACAUGGAGGAGAAGCCGUAUUCCUGUCCUGAGUGUGGGAAAUCUUUUUCAGUGAAGUCCAAUCUUUACAAACAUCAGAGAUCUCACACAGGGGGGAAGCCGUAUUCCUGUCUAGAGUGCGGGAAAUGUUUUUCAGAGAAGUCCAAUCUUUACACACAUCAGAGAUCUCUCACACGGGGGAAAAAGCCAUAUUCCUGUCCUGAGUGUGGGAAAUGUUUCAGUUCUAAAUCCCAUCUUAAUGUGCAUAAAAGAUCUCACAUGGAGGAGAAGCCGUAUUCCUGUCCUGAGUGUGGGAAAUCUUUUUCAGUGAAGUCCAAUCUUUACAAACAUCAGAGAUCUCACACAGGGGAGAAGCCGUAUUCCUGUCUAGAGUGCGGGAAAUGUUUUUCAGAGAAGUCCAAUCUUUACACACAUCAUAAAAGAUCUCACAUGGAGGAGAAGCCGUAUUCCUGUCCUGAGUGUGGGAAAUCUUUUUCAGUGAAGUCCAAUCUUUACAUACAUCAGAGAUCUCACACAGGGGAGAAGCCGUAUUCCUGUCUAGAGUGCGGGAAAUGUUUCAGUUCUAAAUCCUAUUUUAAUGUGCAUAAAAGAUCUCACAUGGAGGAGAAGCCGUAUUCCUGUCCUGAGUGUGGGAAAUGUUUUACAAGGAAGUUUAAUCUUCACAAACAUCAGAGAUCUCACACGGGGCAGAAGUCACUUUCCUGUCCUGAGUGA